AUGGAAACUGCUUGUUUAAAUUGUCGAAGAUCCAAAAGAAAAUGUGAUAAAUUGAUACCAUCAUGUUCACUUUGUAAUAAAAAGGGUAAAAAAUGUAUUUAUGAUCCAAUUGAUGGUAGGAAACCUGCAACUAGUGAAUAUACAAAAGCAUUACACAAGAGAAUAGAGGCCUUGGAAACAGCAUUGGGAGUUUAUACACAAGGUCAUGGGAUAUUGGAAACCAAUAUUGAUCCAACUUUAGAAGCUCAUUCAAUUAAUUAUGAUCAGACAACAAUACAUAAACCAAGGUUUAAUUUUAAUAUUUGGAUAAAUGAAGGAAGGAAACAUCUUUCAAUAAAUGGACAAUCAAGUUUAAGACAUUCAAAUAAUGGAUCAAUUAUAUUAAACCAUGGAUUGAUUAAUCAAUUAAAUCCUAAAUCAGAGAUAUAUCAAAAAAUUAAAGAUAUAGUUGAUGAAAAUCAUAAAGAAAUAUUUACAUGGUUUUUCUCCACAUUACAAAACACAUUCCCAUUGGUUGAUGAAGGUUUAUUCUUUGCUUCUUUGGAAGAUGUUAUUCAUGAAGGUACUGAAUUAGGUCAAUAUGUUUCAGUAUCGUUAAUCAAUUCUAUUAUGAGUCUUUAUUACCUAUUCCAAGGUCAACCUAAUGAUUUUUUGAAAUAUAAAGAACUUUGCAAAAAGCAAUUAGAAUUAGAAUUAAACAAUAAAUCCAAAAUUAGAGUGGCAAGUGUUCAAACUUUAUUAAUCUUAAGUAUUAUAUGUAUGAAUUGUGGUGAUGAAACAAGUGGUUCACAAUAUUUAGGUAGAGCCAUUCCAUUAUGUUAUCAUAUGGGAUUAAAUUCUAAUCAUUUUGAUCUUGUGGAAAGAGGUAUCCUGUCAAAUAGAGAAGUUGAAUUGAGGAAGAAUGUAUUUAAAUGUUGCUUUUUAAGUGAUUGUAUAAAUUCAACUAUAUUGGGGUUUCCUGGAUUAUGCUCAAAUGUUGGUGCUGAAGAAAGAGCUGAUGAAUUGGAAACAUAUGAUGGAUUUAAUGAGAUUAAUGUUUUCAAAGAAAUGUUGAAUUUUUCCAAGAUUGAAUGUGAGAUUAUUUCCAAAUGUUAUGGAGGAAGACUAGAUAAUCAAGGAUUGGUUGUUUCUUCAUCAAUGCUUAAAUGUCAUGAGUGGAAAAAGAAUAUGAAAUCAUGUACAAGAUGGAAGAAUAAUAAAUCAAUACCUUCAUGGUUUUUAGAAAUAUCAAGAUUAAUUUUGAUUCUAUUGAUUCAUAAAAGUCAUAAACUAGGUCCUAAUAAUUUAAAUGACUCAUUGACAUGUCUUGAUCAAGCAACAACCAUUAUAAAACUAUCCUUGGAGUAUAAACUUUCAGAUUCUUUCUAUUUAUACAAGUUGAUUUAUAGCUUAUACAUUGCCAAUUUGAAUUGUUUAUCACAGAUUCAAAAUGAUGAUUUGGUGAUAAGGAAAAGUGCACAAAAAUACUUGCAAAAGGGAAUUGAAAUAAUGAUUAAUGCUGGGAUCACAAGGGAUUUAUCAAGACUUUAUAUAAAAUCUUUGAAAUAUUAUAAUGAAGAAUGGUAUGGAAUUGGUGCAAAUCAGGGAAUAUUUGACAUAAAGACACCCUGA